AAAUUUAGCAAAGUUGUUUUCUUCACUGAUUUGGGUGGGUUACACGAAUUUUGUUUGCCCGGCUGCUUCGUUAAGACAUCUACAAAAAGAACAACCAUAACCCAUGAAAUUUAACCGAUCAAUUGGUUCACAAAAACUAGUGAAUCAAUGUGUAUAGCCGUGUUUAUAUGGCAAUCUCAUCCCAUCUACCCAUUCCUUCUAUUACUCAACAGAGACGAAUAUCACAAUAGGCCUACGAAGCCUCUGGCAUGGUGGGAAGGCGGUGAGAUAGUGGGUGGCAGGGAUGGGCUCGCGGGUGGGACGUGGUUGGCAUGUACAAGAGGUGGAAGGGUGGCUUUCCUUACAAAUGUUAGGGAGGUUAAGAAACAACCUCUGGCAAAGAGCAGAGGUGAUCUACCCGUGCGCUUCUUGGAGAGCAAGAAAAAUCCGAUGGAGUUUGCAGAGGAGCUUGUGGGAGAGGCAGAUCAGUAUAAUGGUUUUAAUCUGAUAAUAGCUGAUCUUUGUUCCAAGACCAUGGUUUAUAUAACCAACCGUCCAGAAGAAGAUAACCUCUCCAUAACGGAGGUUUCAGCUGGUGUUCAUGUGUUGUCAAAUGCCAGGCUAGAUUCACCAUGGCCUAAGUCUCAACGACUGGGGAACAAUUUCAAGGAUCUAUUGGAUUUAUAUAGUGGAGGUGAAAUUCCCAUGCAAGAGAUGGCUGACAAACUAAUGAGGAAUACAGUUAAAGAUGACGAGAACAUGCUGCCUCACAUCUAUUCUAUUGAGUGGGAGUACCAAUUGAGUUCCAUAUUUGUUGAAUCAGUAACUCCUUCAGGGCUUUAUGGAACAAGAAGCACCUCUGCGUUGUCUCUUAAAACAAGUGGGGAGGUAAGCUUCUAUGAAAGGUAUGUUGAGAAGGAAAUAUGGAAAGAGCAGACAGUGAACUACCAGAUUGAGAAUAUGACGUAGAAGGGUAGUUUCUUGCCAGGCUUCUUUGCUGAAGAAAUGUAUUGCUGAUCCUGUAUUGAUUUUAAUUGGAAUAAUCCGCACGAGCAAGAUCAUAUCAAGGCAGAUGUGUGACAAUUUAGCUAAAUAAUCUUGUAAGUCAAUGCUCUCAGCUUUCUUACUUAUUGUGUUUCACAACUUUAUACGUAAACAGUCACAUGCAGACUAACAAGUUACUUUGUGGCACCUCUAUCUUUUACCCUGCUCCUUGAUUUGCAUAAUAGACCUAGGAAUAAAAUCUGAUGACGUUAAAGAUGAGGCUGUAUAAAUUGUUAGCAAGUGGCUUCAUGACCAAAAGGUGAAAAUUGCAGUGGUUUUUGACAUGUAGAAUGUGUUUUAUCGACUCUGUUGUGUUGCGCAUUUGCCAUGUUACCAUGUAAAAAUUUUGUGUAGCUUUUCGGUAUUAUUUUCUUUUCUAAAUCUUAUUAUUCUGAGAAAGUUUGUAAAGAGUUGAAGAUAAAAAUAGGCACUUCAUGGUUGUCUAUCCUGAACGGACCAUAACUUUUUGCAGCUGCACCUGCUCUUGCCCUGUGGUGGAAAAUACUACCGAUAUCCCAAUCUAACGCAUUUAGCUUAAUUAUAAAAUAUUAAUAAGUUUAUGAGUAUGUUCAACUUCUAAGAAUCUGUUUUUAAGCUUUAGAAGCAAUGCACCAAUCAACAAAUAUCUAAUAGUUAAAUCAAAUCUAGUUAGUUGGGAAAGCGUAAAAAAGUUGUUUUCAAUAACAACUAAUAUGCCAACUCAAUGAGGGACAGAAUCAGAUAACAUUUCACAAAACAGUGUCUACAGCUUUUUCUUUUUUCUUUUUUUCUUUUUGUGUGUGUGUGUGUGUUUCUUGAUUGUGUGUGUGGGUUUGUGAGUAAAUGAAGAAUUAGAACUAGAGUGUAGUAGGUUCUAUGAUACGUGUAACCAUUUUUCGGUCUCUUGACGAACUGAAUCAGGUCUCUCAAAUAUUUUACUAUUUAUUUUAAUCAAGUUACAUGAUAUCCAGAUUGUUUGUAAUCUUUUCUUGGUAGGAAGGUGUGCAAGAUACCAGUUGAUGGACUCAUUUAAUUAGAUCAUCUAAUAAUGUGAUUAAUUCUAUUCCAGUGCCAUAUAUUAUUGAAACUGUACAUAUAUACCUGAAUCUAUAUAUAUAUAUAUAUGAUGCUCUAGGAAAAGAAAAAUCAUAUACAAUAAAGAUGCCUGGGUGUUGUAUUCACAAUAAGAACUUCCUUCCAAGUUAUUGAGAUGACAAUAUGGUUUUUGUGAUCUUUGAGUCCUAAAUUUGUUUGAAGAGGGCUACACUGUAAGCAUAUGCUUCUGUGACAUCAAUGGAAAGUAAGGGGUCAAAAUAUAUAUACAUAUAUGUUUGUGUAUAUAAUAUAUACUCAAGCCAAAGAUCAUGUUUUAGCAUGGAAGUCUUUUUUAAUAUAUUGGUAGAUAAAUCAUCGCCUGCCCAACACAAUUUUGAAGUAAGUUCAUUUCAUUUAACCGUUGAGUUCAUGUUUAAUGUCAUUGGAAUUGGUUGUGAUGGUGAAAAUUGUAAGACUAACGAAUUUUCAGCGUCUGAUUUGGAAGAGGUUCUGGAUUUUGAGGGUUGAAUUUCCUGCUGAUUUUUGUGGAGAUAUCUCGUAUUCAUGGCUUGCUUUGGUAUUUUUCUUUUAUUAUAUGAUAUUAUAUAGGGUAAAAUGCAAACAAAAAAAAAAAAAAAAAAAAAAAAAAAAAUCCCUAAACUAUGGGAAAACCUGCAACAAACUAACCCCUGAAUUACCAAAAAUUCAAGAAACCCCCUGAUUUAUGCAAAAAAGUUGCAGAUCAUCCGGCCGAGGUCUGGUGAGAUUUAGCUGUUAAAAUUUGUUAAAUUAUUUUAAAAGACAAUACUACCCUUAGAAGCAUGAAAGGACAAUAGUGCCCUUAAUUUCCAACUGUUAGACCCCAAUAUCCCAAUCUUGCAACAAAGCCAAACAUGGCUUUAACCAAAUUUCCCCAAAUCCAUACUCUGCAACUGGUUGGGUUUUCUCUUGGUGUUCUUGGUGCUUAAUCGGCUGUUAAUCUUGGUGAAUGAACAUCUUGUUUUUGGGAGUUGAAAAAUAACCUAUCACUCAUUGUUGUGAUUCUAUACAUACAUUCAAAACUCAAAUCAUUGAUUUAAUUUCUUAGUAAAAGUUGAAUUCACAGUUGAUUUAAUUGCCAAGAACUAAUUAAUUGUGCGUUCAGAUUCAGAAGUUGUAUGGAGAAUUUGCUACAGUUUUCAUGCUUAUUUGUGUACUGACAUCAAGAGCUCAAUGAAGCCAGGGUUAAUAUGUUUUGGAGACGAGAAACUGAGAAUAGGAGAGAAGAAAAAGAAUUAAUUGGUUGAGGAUCACUACAAUCAUAUUAUUCUUGAAAACAAGAGACAAUGUGCGUCACGCAUAUCUUGAAACCCAAGUUUGAUAUCUUUAUGAAAUGUCCCUGUAUCAAAAUUGCCAAAGCAACCAAUCGGCCAGUGACUUAGCGGUAUCAGCCUCUUACCUCCCAAAGGAAAGUUAAGGGUACAAGUCUCAGAAGAGACGUGUGUGUGAGUACCAACUAGGAAAAAAAUAAAAAAUAAAAAUUGUCAAAGCAAAGACAAAAGAAAAACAAGAAGAAGAUUUUGAGAGCAGAUAGGAAUUAUUAUCAAAAUGAAGAAAAAAAAUACUGCAUAUGGGUAUAGGAAUUAUUGUCGAAAUGAAGAAGAAAAAAACACUGCAUAUGGGUUGGUUUAAUUCGCUGGAGGCGAAGAAGACGAGUGAUUCAGCUUCUGUUGGGGGAAGCCGCCGUUGCGAAGAGGAGAGGAACGGAGGCUGGACCAGUUUUGGGUUUUUGAAUGGCUGGAUCUGGCAAGGCCGAUAGUAACCGACUUUCUCUCUCUGCACUCUCACAUAUCUGCAAUCGUCUUUCACCCAUCUUAUCUUUCUCCUCAUAACUCUCACCAUUCUCUUCAACAUCGUCACUUCCGAGUCGGACUCGGACCGAGUCACCAACCUUCUCAACCUCCAAGCCCGAUCUGAAUUCGGGAUCAUCUACCUCAACGUCCAAAACCUCAACCGCUUCAUCACCUCUUCAAACCGCUCCCGCAAUCUCAAGGAUGAUUCGCUUCAAAUGGACGCCAGAGGCUUCUCCUGCUUGGCCGAGUCCAUGGUUGAAUUCAUCGACUCCAAAACCAAGCUCACCAUCAGUGUCUGUAAUUUGGGAAAAGAGAGAUGACAUGGAGGGGGUUCAAGGUUUGAUUUAAUGACGAAGGUUGCUGUUGGUGAGGUGAUGAAUUUGGGUGGUAGCACAGCUGGGCAUAGAUGAGUAGAGAGAUAGAGUGUUUUUGGGUCUGCAAAUAAGAAGAGGGUCUGCAGUUGGUUUGAUAUUUGUUUGCCAAACUGCGUCGUUUUAUUGGAAGGGCAAUUUCAUCUUUUUUCUUUUCCAGUGGCCUGAGUGGGUAAAUUGCAACAACUUCAAAGUUCAAGGGGUUUCUUGUAGUUCAGGGGGUUAGUUGCAAAACCCUCAUAAUUUAGGUUUUUUUUUUUUUUUUUUUUGGUGCAUUUUACCCUAUUAUAUAUGUAUAUCAUUUUUCAUUUGGGUAGAUAAACGAUAGGAACUAGUUGUAGAUAGUUGGAAAGUUUUGAUUCUAUGAGACUUAUUUGAACUAGUAGUAGAUAGUUGGAAAGUUUUGAUUAUAUGAGACUAAUUUAAAUAAAACCCAUACCAACACACUCCCGAAUCGUGAGAGUGCAAGUGUAAGUUUCUUGUCAAGAAAAUAAAAAUUAUUUUAGAAUAUGUGUAUGUUAUUAUGCUUACCAUUAUCGCUCUUAACCAUGGAGUCUCAUAGUAGAUAAAUUAUUAGGACAUGAUUCUAAUUUCUAAGUCUAAUAAUAGAUAUAUAUACAUAUAUAUGGGUUAAGUGCGCUAAACCCCCUAAGCUUUCUUCUCUCUUCCAAAAACCUUAAGAAAGACACUUGACUCCCUAAAUUAUUCUGCUUAUUGCAAAAAAAAAAAAAAAAAUCAAA